AUUAACCCCAAAAAGACUAAUAUUGUUGUGUGGAUCUCUCUAUGAAUGGAAAAGGAGUGCUUCGGAUCGGGAGUAACCACUAGUGAUAGGGCAAAAAUAGGGGGGAAGGACAAAGGAAAGAGCGAUGCCUGCAUUAAGAUUUAAAACUUGUCAUCUACUUUCAGGAAAUGUUUGGAACAGAGAACUUACAAUAAUACAACGCCGUAUUCUCUGAAGAUUGAGGAACAAGAAGAGAUCUAUUAAGAGAAAGAUUUAUUCUAGAGAAAAUCUUAACAGUUACAUCCAAUCACAAACUACACGAAAGUUGUCCCUUUUUUAUGGAGAUUUACCCAUCACAGAGAUGCACAGAGAAAGAGAACGAACUUUAUAUAUCCCUUUUCUACUCAAUCCAGGAACAAGAUCAGACGUUAUCCCGGUUCCUCUCCAUUUUUGUGAAACUAUUCAUCAAGCAAGGCAACCGAUAAGUCAUUGAAGGGUUUGUGUGAAUAAUGGAAUGGUUAACAUUACUCAUUUUAAACUCUCCCACGGUGAUAUAAUAUCUUGUCAAGAAAAUGAUGCGAGAACCCGUGGUGAAGAAAUAAAGAGAUCCUUCUAUAUCAAAAUCUCAGUUGAGAAAAUAAUAGGCAAAUUCCUGGAUCACCCAUGGAGAAGAACCAAAACAGAAUGGUUCUGCCUACUCAAAACUAAGAGGGGAUGCCUCCUACUACUAAAAUCCCAGUUUUUGCAACAGUUGUGUUCUUCUAUGCAAGAAGAAGACUUGGAAAGAACAAAGAAGUUUGGAUCCAAAAAAGUAUGCUUAGGCAGUUCUUUCUCUGAGCACAACAGAAUGAAGAGGAAUUUGUAUCAUUUCAAAUCCCUAUUCUUAUUGAAGAGAAGGAACGAGAAAAACCGAAAUAUUCCUACUCGAACAAGAAGUCCUACAUUUUACAACUCUUCUUUAUAUAGUAAUUCGACCUAUUGCUCCGCAUCCCCCCAUCAGUUUACUAAAAAGAUCAAAAUAAAAAGGAUCGAACUACCUACUCAUUAUUCGGAGGUGAAUCAUAGAACACCAAAAGCUGUGGUAUCUUAUGGACCUAACAUAGGUCACAUACCUUAUGACAUAAGAUUGAAAGAUCCAAACCUUCUUCUUCAGAGCAGAAAGGGACGUGGCCAAAACAUAUAAAGAUCGGCGUAGUCA